AUGAUUCAUAUGUUCUACCAGAAGGCAUGCAAGCAGCUCGCAAGAACAGUCAAGUCACAAGAGAUAAUUCAGCAGAAUAUCUGCCCUGACCUGAGGGAUUACAUGCCACCGAAACAAACAUCUGACAGGCUUAUCCAAGCGUACCUUCGUACUUUCGAGUCUGUCUACCGCAUCGUACAUGUGCCAUCAUUUCUACCUAGCCCGGCGUUUAUUAUCAUGACUUUACUAAUGCUAGCGAUUGGGAACUCGUUUUGCCAAUCUGGAGACCCAGAUAAAGACUAUGUUCCGCGCUCUACAUCAUCACAGUGGAUAUAUACGGCACAAACGUGGCUCAGCUCGCCGUUUGAGAAAUCCCGUCUCAAUAUCGCUAGCCUCCAAACACAAUGCCUCCUCCUUUUGGCCCGCCAGACAAAUGGCAUUAGCAGUGACCUUGUCUGGAUCUCAGCUGGCGCUCUGCUUCGAACAGCUAUGCACAUGGGCUUCCAUAUUGACCCUCGUCAUAUUAGGGGCAUUUCUUUCUUCGAUGCACAGCUUCGACGGAGGAUAUGGCAUACAAUCCUUGAGAUCGUUGUCCAGUCUAGUAUGGAUGCUGGAGGCCUUCCUCUAAUUCAUUGUGAUGACUACGACUGUGAGCCUCCUCUUAACAUUGACGACGCCCAGAUGGAAGAUUUCAUUCAGGCAAAGCCCCUCGAGGACUUUACCAAUACAUCCCUGCAAAUACUUUUACAGCGAUCACUGUCUGUUCGUCUACAAGUUGCACAGUUUUUGAACGACUUCCGCCGUGGCGCAUCCUACGACGAAGCUUUGCAGCUUAGCAAAAGCCUUACGAAUAUAUACCGUGAAAGCUCGGCCCUAUUUGACGCUUUUAAAACUAGUGGAAAAGCUCCCACCGUCUUCCAGUCAAACCUCUACGACUUGAUGACGCAGCGCUUCCUGCUUGCUCUUCAUGACCCCUUUGCUAUAAAGGCAAAAGCUGACCCGACAUUAUAUUACUCACAUAAAGCGGCCCUCGGAAUAUCCAUACGUAUCCUAGCACCAUUUAGCACGUCGAUACCGGAAGAUCUUGACUAUACCGCGUUGCUGCUCACGGGCUCUCCAUCAUUUCGGGACGUUCCUACCCAAGCAGCUGCUAUCGUUGCAGAUGACAUCAUUGGCCGAAUUACGGAGGAGCAAACUAAUACUUCCGUAUCAGCUCCCCAGACGUCAUAUCCUUUGCCGCACGAAGAUUCCAGGCGUGUUGUCGAAAGGUUUGUCUCAUGUGCAUUGGCACGGGUUGAAUCUGGCGAAACGAACAUCAAAGGUUAUCUAGUGUCUGCAUGCUUUCUGGCCAAGAUUGAGGCUAUGGAGUGUGGUCGACCAAUCGAUGAAGCGUUGAGUAGGACUAUCUUGUCAGUUCUUCAAAGGUGUUCAAAAAUCUUGGAAGACAGGGUUGAAAGAUUGGGCCUUUCACAACCAGGAACAGGACUGAAUACAGCAACUAAUGAGGAAUCAAGCCUGACUGAAUUUGAUAACCAGUUCAACUGGUCUCACAGUGAUGAUAAUAUUGCCGUACACUUGAUCUCCACCAAUAACCGCGGAUUCGGUAAUUCUUUGACACCAAUUGUCGUCCUUGCUGGCGCAUCCUCGCGAUUGGGCCACACUUUGUUCCAUUCUUCAUUCAUACCUUGA